AUCCUGUAGUCUUAGAUGAGCUCAGACAUUGUCCUUAACCAGUUCAUAUAACAUACUCGUAUUCAGAAUUCUGCGGUAUGUAAUGUGUCACUUCACCUUAGCCAAUCAUUAACUGAUCCGGCGACUUGCGCAUAAUUGAUUGGUGGUUCUGCAGUAGGGGCAGGUACCUCUCCAAACCGGACAGGCAUCAGUGAAACUGCUGCCGUUACCGGCUCAUGGGACCGAGAAACACCCCUGCUAUAACCUCUUACUUCAGAGCCUGCCUUUUGGCAGAGCACCAACAGACACCAGCAAGCCAUGUGGAGUCUGAAGGCAAAAUUCAAAAAGAAUGAGAGCCAGGACUGGAGUAAGAGUGAUGAGCGUUUGCUCCAGGCGGUGGAACAGAACGAGCCCGAGAAGGUCGCGGCCUUGAUCAGCAAGAAGGGGCUGUGUCCCACCAAGCUGGACGUGGAGGGGAAGUCCGCGUUCCACGCCUGCGCGUCCCGGGGUCGACUGGACUGCCUGGAGGUCAUCCUCUCUCACGGUGUGGACGCCACCCUGCUAGACGGAGCAGGUUACAGCGCCCUUCACCUAGCAGCUAAGAACGGGCAUGCGGACUGCUUGAAAAGACUGUUACAGGAGAGAGUGCCAGUAGAUUGCACAGACAGCAGUGGUAGGACAGCCCUGCACCAUGCUGCUGUGAGUGGCUGCCUCCACUGCACAGAAACCCUGUGGGACUUCAAGGCCAGCCUGGACGUCCAGGAUGGGGAUGGAGCAACGCCUCUGAUUCUGGGGGCGCAGAUGAGCAGGGUGGAGCUGUGCGCCUUUCUGCUGGACCGGGGGGUCAGCGCCAACAUACAGGACAGCCAGGGCAGGUCAGCCCUGAUGCUGGCCUGCGAGAGUGACAGCGCCGAGACGGUGGAAGUGUUGCUAAGGGGCGGGGCCAAUCCUAAACUGGUCGACGCCCUCGGGCAAGACGCCGCCCACUACAGCUCAGCCACAGCCAAUCAGCGGAUCGCGCAGAUGCUGCAGAACGGAGGUCCAGGUAAGCCCUGGUGGUCUGACCAGGCCGGCGGCGCUCUGAAGGCCCAGUCCGGGAGCUCCUCUCUGGGGCUGUGGUGGUCUGGUGCCUCUCUGGUUCCCCCGGGACAUGAAUCCAUUCUGAUGGGCCUGGAGCCCCCUGCCCCCCCACCCCCGACGGGGGGCACCACGCCACGCAAGAGGAAGGCCCCCCCUCCCCCCCGCUCCCCUCCCCAGGGUAGCCCGCCCCGCCCGGACGAGUCCCCGGAGCCCCCUGCCCAGAGCCCGUCUCCCCUCCCCCGGUCCCCAGGCACGCAGCACCCCACCCAGGCCAGCCCUACGGAGGACGAGGAGGUCUUCGAGGAGAUCAGACGCCUGCGCCUGGAGAGAGGACGCCUGCUUCAGAAGAUCAAGGGGCUGGAGCAGCUGCAGCAGAGCGCCCUCUCUGCCCAGGAGGAGCUGUGCCAGGUGAAGGAGCGCCUCCAGCGGACGGAGGUGGAGAGAGACCGCCUGCAGGCGGAGCUGGAGGAGCUCAGGGCCGGCCAAUCGGACGGCAUGGAGGACAUGGACGAGAUGCUGGACUUCCCAGGCGCUGAGAUGCUGCUCUCCAGGAGGUCUAGAGAGCCGGACGAGGGCGCCUCCCAGGAGGGGCCGGACCCGGGCGCUCUGGGGGACCUACGCAGACAAGUAGAGGAGCUGACCUCACAGAACACGGAGCUGAAUCUCAAAGUGCAGAUGCUGGAGAUGUUUGAGAAGGACGACACUGACAUGCAGAGCUCCAGCUCCGACUUCGUCCCCAUGGCCCAGUACGAGUGCCUGAGGAAGGAGUUCCAAGCCCUGCAGGAGCGCUACUCCCAGUCCCAGGCCUCAGCCGACGCCUCCAGCACGGCGGGAGAGGAGGGGUGUGAGGAGGAGGCGGAGGGGGUGGAGGUGUUGAAGGAGAGGCUGGCAGGGCUGGAGGGGCAGCUGGCCUCCUCACAGACCGAGCUGGAGGAGCUGAGAGAGCAGAUGAGCCUGGGCGUGUUCUCUGUGGGGGAGGGGCCUGGGGCCGGGGGAGGGGAGGAGGGGGAGGCCCGGCAGCUGAGGGGGCGGGUGAAGGAGCUGGAGGCGGAGCUGGCGGAGAGGCGGGGGCAGGGGGAGGGGCAGAGCGCCGACAGCGGCGGCGAGGCGGCGCAGCUGCUGAGGGAGAGGGUGCGCGAGCUCCAGGCGGCGUUGGAGGAGAAGGAGGCGGCCAGGGGAGCGAGGCAGGGGGAGGAAGAGGAGACGGCCAGGGCCCUGAGGGCGAAGGUGAGCGAGCUGGAGGCGGCGCUGAGGGAGAGCAGGGGGUCCGGCAGGGCGGGGGAGGGGGAGCUGGCGAGCAGGCUGAGGGCGCGCGUGGGGGAGCUGGAGGCGGAGCUGGGGGAGAGCGUGCGGCGCUCGGAGCUGGACGAGGUGCGGGUCACCCUGGGGCUGCAGUGCGAGCAGCUGGCCGGGGAGAGGGCGGAGGCGGCGGCCAGGCUGAACGAGGCCCUGCUGGAGCUGGAGAGGGUGAGGCCGCCCGCCCUGCGCGAGGUGGAGGAGGAGGAGGAGGAGGAGGAGGAAGAGGAGGAGGAGGAGGAGGAGGAGCGCUCGGAGGGGUCGGAGCCCUCCAUGACCUCAGAGCGCUCCCUGAGGCUCCGCCACGGGCGCUCCCCGGCGGCGGUGAGGGAGGAGCUGGAGGUGGCCAGGCAGGACGCGGCGCAGGCCCUGGACUGCCUGUGUGCCGAGAGGGAGGGCCGCGCGCAGGACGCCCUCCAGUGGAAGGGCGCGGUACCGCUCUCCCAGCACCAGGAGGCGCUGAAGGCCGUGUCCCAGCAGCUGGCCCAGACGAUGCAGGAGCUGCAGGGGGAGGCGGCCCUGAGGGAGGGGGCGGAGGCCAAGGCCGCCAGCCUGGGGGCACAGCUCCAGACCCUGCAGGACUCCAUACCCAGGGAGGAGCAUGACAAGGUCAAGGCUGAUCUACAGCGCUGCCUGGAGGCCAGCGAGAGCAGCGCGGCGGCCGCCCGCGACGCCCUGAGUGACAAGGAGGCGGAGCUGAGGGAGCUGCGCUCCCAGAAGGCCGCGGAGCAGGGCGUGGUCUCCAAGGAGGACCACGAGGGCCAGCGCCUGGCGCUGCAGGCCGAGAUCAACACCAUCAGCGCAAGCUUCAACGACCUCACGCGCAAACACGAGAAGACCUGCACCGAGGUGUUCCAGGUGCAGCGCGAGGCCCUGUUCAACAAGAGCGAGCGUCAGGUGGCCGAGGCCCAGCUGGCGGCGGCGCAGCAGCAGCUGGCAGACCUGCAGGCCCAGUCCAGCCACGUCCAGCAGCUGCACAAAGACAUGCAGGACUCCCAGGGCCUGGUCAAGGAGAAGGACCGCAAGAUAACCGAGCUGUCUAAGGAGGUGUUUCGUCUGAAGGAGGCUCUGGGUGCUCUGUCUCCACCCUUGGGCCUGUCCUCCACCUCCUCCUCCACCUCCUCGCCCCAGGUCAACCCUGGCCAGCAGAUGGCGCUGCAGAACAGGGUGUCGGCUCUCACCCAGCAGCUCCAGGACUGGGAGAGGAAGCACCGGCAGGUGGUAACAGUGUACCGCUCACACCUACUGGCUGCCGUACAGGGCCAGAUGGAUGAGGGCGUCCAGGCCUUGCUAUUACAGAUCCUGCGGAUGACACACAAAGACCAGGACCACUGACCCAGCCGUCCCUCAGACCUCGUCCCAACCCUCACCCUCUUGUCCCGGCCCGGAGACCAGGCCCGCCCGACACGUCC